AUGUCGGAGGAAACUGUCCGUGUAUCUCCAUACACACGUCCUUCUCAUUGUCGUCUGCUCGCUUGCAAUUCUGGAUGCCGUCUGCGUCAUUGGUCAACUUAUCUGCGAUAUCCUAAUCAUGAAAGAAAAACUGGAUUAUUUCGAGGAGAUCGACAAAGAUCUGACCAAGGAACUCUUGAUACACAUGCCGCAUCUGAACAAAUCGCUUCAUGAUCAAUGGAACCUGCACGCCAUCCUGUCCGUCCUAGUCGGAAGAGACAUCCACAACGACGGGGGAGCAUUGACUCCCCCCGAAACAUCCACAAUACCGCAUUUUUCCAGCAAUUUAUUUUUCACCCCGACAUUGAAAUGUACAAGAAGAAACAGUUCAGAAACGACAAUAUCUGGCUUUCCUUUCCGACUGUUUGCAAAGUUAAAAAAAGAACCUGACACACUACAUGUUCGGCUGAAGAGAGCUCUGGAGCCUAAAGUUCCAGGCCAUGAAGUCGACCAUGGCGUCCUGUAUGAGCUGACUCAUACCUUUCAUCUCGGGAGCAUGGCUAUUUUGUCUCUGCUUUUAUUGGAGACAAUGCUCAAGGUACUAGCUAUGGGGAAGAAGUUAAAGCACCACAAACUGGAGAUUUUCGAUGCGGUCAUUGUGACGAUCUCCUGGGCUCUAGACGUGGGUCUCUCAGAAGGCAUUUGGGCACAUCCGGGCUCCGAGGCGGCCACGUUCCUAAUGUACCUUCUGCCCUGGAGAGUUAUCAGGAUUGUCAACAGUUUCGUUUUGGUGAUCCAAGAGAAAGAACACGUCCACCUGAAGAUCGUCAAACAGAGGCUGCGACAGUCCCUGAAGAAAAGCAAGGAGGCUCUUGACAAGGCUUCCAGCUACCGGCACGAAGUCAAGGCGUUAGCGGGGCUGUGUCGAAAGAUGGGUGCCUCCGAGACGGAAAUCACCGCCUGCUCACCGUCUGGGAAAGCCAACAGACGAGGCAGUGUCCAGUCCGUCCUUGAAAGGGCGGUCUCGUUGACCUUCAUCUCUACUAUGUCCAGCAUGGGUAGUCUGCCCAGUUUGUUCGACAUGGGCGGCUCCAGUUCUGAGGAGGAAGAUAUCAGAGAGGACCAGAAUGAUCUGGAGAGAGGCCGAGGCCGCAAGCUGACAUUAACAAGUGCCAUCAGCAACGAAACCCUGGAUUCCAACAGCGGCAACUUAGACACAGAGGACAGUCAACCGUACGAGAACUUGGCUUUUGAAGAUGAUACGAGCAGAAGCAGAUCAACGACAAUAGAGAAAGAAGUGGGCCAAGAAGAGGAGGCGGUGUCCGACAAAUCAGAAAUAGAGCGGACAGACAGCAACAGCAGCCAGCCACCUGAAUAUGAUGUUGUUAUCAUUAAAGAUGGAAAUGAUACACGGUUAUAG